AUGAGCCGUCCGCAGGGAUACAUCGAAGGUGAAGUUUUUGACUCUCGGCGUGUAAAAUCAAACAGAUGGAUGAAGCUCUCCGCAGAGAAGCUGGCCCUGAUGGCUCUCUGUCUCCUGCUGGCCUCGGCUCUCGUUGUCACGUAUCUCCUGUUUGAGCUCCUGAAAACAAGGGAAAUGCUCCGAAACCUUGAAGUGAAGCUGGAAACUGUAAAAUCUGAAGUCACAGAGCGACUGCCUGAAAUCCAACCAUGCCCUACAGUGCAGCCCACAUGUCCUCCGCAGCCUGAAGUAAAAAUGACUGAUCCAUGUUAUAAAUGUGAAGAUGACUGGGAGCAUCAUGGAGGAAAGUGCUAUUAUUUCUCCACAAGAAAAUCACCGUGGAAUGAGAGCAGAGCUGACUGUAGAGCUAAAGGAGGAGACCUGGUUAAGAUAGACAGCAGGGAGGAGCAGAUGUUCCUGAAUGGAAGACUGAGAGGCAAAAAAAGUGAAUUUGAGGACAUGUUCUGGAUCGGACUGACAGACUCAGCAGCAGAGGGGAGAUGGAUGUGGGUGGACAACACACCACUGAAUGAAAGUUUGAUAUUUUGGUCCUCUAACGAGCCAGAUGAUUGGACACAGGAAGAUCCUGAUGGAGAGGACUGUGGGAGGAUGGGGCCAAAGAACUGGUUUGAUAAAUCCUGCAAAUCACCUCAAAGAAGUAUUUGUGAAAAACCAGCACCCGAUUCGAAUGUUAUCAGUCCAUUAAAUGGACGUUAUUAA